GCCCGCUGUCAUUGCUCCAACGAACCAUACCUGGGAAUGUGCUUCUGGCAGAUGGAAGCUGGUGUCCACCUAAUGAUUACUGCUAUGACAACGCCCGAAGGCUCUACCCCUACUGACCAAGCUACGCAAAUGGUGACAAAUACCAGCCUGCACCCCCCCAUUGGAGGGUACCCCACUCCAGUGCGUCAAGGCUGCUUUCCACGUGACCGCGUCAAUCGAAGCGCUUAGCGCUUCUCUCUAUCUGGUUUGCUGCAAGGGUAAACUGAUAUUUGGCUCGUUGCUCGUCCCAGUGGGACUAUUGUGAGAUAAAUGUUUUCACUAUCCUUGCUCCUAAUCCGACCUGGGUUGAUUGGUAUGGCUUAUCUGCACAAGCCAAGAUCGAUAUCCAUCCAUCAUCAGUACUGCUAUCUUUGGAUCAAUGUCAACUUUCCUCCUCGUUCAACUAUACCUCAUAUAUGCAUCCUGCGCUGCCACCGCAACCGCAACUGCUGGUGCUUCUUGAUAUCACCAGCGUUUCCUGAACACACUAUAGCAAAGAGUGCUUUGACCCAUUGAUUUUAUUAUUUUCUUUCUUCGAUGGUCACGACGGACUCGUAGUAGGUGUGCUUUUUCUGACAGGACGUUUGAGAACAGGCGAGGUUCGGGCCAGAUGAUAUAAUUAUUCCAAGGACUGUAUGGAUGUAUCGUUGAUGUUGUAACGAAGCCCGCAAGGCGCCAGACAGAAAAACCACUUGUCCCCAACGUCAGGGAAGCC